AUGAGAAGUUUUACUAUUUCCAGAGCUCCUCCGCCAACAAGACCAUAUUUGGCAAGAUUCCUUUUCCUCAGUACUAUUGGAGUAUUGUUUCUCUUGAAUGUGAUCUUGUUUAUGUACUUCAUUGAUGUCAAGACCAACACGAGCAUUUCAACAAUCUUUGCAAACUACCACCACGUUGAUAUCAAGGAUCCAGAGCUACUUUCGUGUAUUGACAGUUACGCUGAAGAGGUGGGCACUGGUAAGUGUGAUAAGGGCACCAAGAGACUGCUUUCAGCUGAUCUCGACAAGCUCCACGUCAAGUACAAGGAGACCCUCAAGAUCGUUCCUUUGCAAUGGUACCAUGCUCUGGUUAAGCGGGAGUCUACUAGUUCCUGCCAGAAACGGUAUCUUCCUGAUUAUCUGGACUUCACUGAUCUCGUCAAAGGCACACUUGGCGCUCUAGGACGGGCCCAGGACUCCAUAGGCCGCUACGAAGCUAUCAAACAAUCAAAAACACCCAAAAGAAGGUUUGGCGUGUUCAGUGUACGGUCCCAUGUGGCUGCAAACGCUUACGCAUGUAAGCUCCUGGAAACCACCCAACAUGCAAAAUCCAUACUUGACGAGUUUCACACCGUGGUGGAAAUGCAAGAUUUAAGCGUAUCUCCUGUAUUUCUUUGGCGUUUCUAUGAGUCACUUACCAUUAUCAACUAUCUUGCAUUGACAGGGGAAGUCCAGGACUGA